AUGCGAGCCGGAACACACCCCCGGGAGAAGUUCGACCAACUUGUGGACGAGAUCGAUGGGAAUGAAGGCACGCAGAUUGCAUUCAAGAAUCUGAGCCACUACAGCUACAUAACCAAUCUCACCGACACUCAAGUGAAUGAAAUCCGAAAGAAAGAUUUCAUUCUUCUUGUGGCGCCACGAUUCCUGGGGCAACAUGAGAAACGCUGGGAGAGCUUUCCAAACAGCUCAAACAGCUCGGACGACUUUUUAACUUCUCAUGACAGGUCCUUGCUCGAGCCUAGAGUGACGGUGAGUGGACGCUCUCUCAUUGAGCAACAGCGGUUGAUUUCCUUCAAUCGAAUGGGCCAACCUCCGUUAUCAGCCAAGUACAAGCGCGAUGACAGCGAAGGCCAAAAUGUCCGGCUGUUUAUGAUGGACAGCGGCUUUAACUUGGAAAUCCCGGAACUCAGAGAUCGUCCGGGCCCAAUCAAAACAUACGUCGUCCCCAAUCACAGGUUCCCUCAGGAACACCUGGGGCUAAAAAUCAAGCGGAACAGCAUCAAGGACCGGGGCAACCAUGGCACUAUGAUGGCCAUUGCAGCCGGAGGUAGAACAAUUGGGAUUGUUCCUAAGUCAGAUCUCGAGUUGGUCAAGAUGUGCGCCGACUACGACGAUCGGCGUGGCGGGUCCAAAAUUUUGUUUACUGUGGAAGGAUAUCAAAAUGCCGUGGACUAUGUGAUGGAUCGGAUUGAGGAGAUAAAAGGAAGAGACCGGGCGGCAAAGAUUGUGGUCAACUUUUCGGGCAGCCCACAGCGAUACAGCGACCCCGAGGAGCACGAAAACGCUCGUAUAAUUUGGAAGGAUUUCAUCGAGGUGCUGGCAGAACACGGGGUUUUAUUCGUCGUCUCUGCCGGAAACGACGGCCGCAGAGGAUUGACCUUGGCCCAUGGGUAUAUCACGUCUCUUGGGACGUCACAAAACAACGUCGUAACCGUGGGGGGUGUGCUCGCCGAUGGGUCCCCGUACAUGGAUACCACGCCCGAGUAUACGGGCCACCCACAGGGAGGGUCACUGAGUCUUUACGGUCCUGUGAUUGUCGACAUCAGAGACAACACUGGGAGGUUUGUGACUGGGCCGAAUAGAAACAAAGGGACGAGUAUUGGGUCUGCAAUAACAGCUGCCCUGCUUGUUUAUUUCCUCGGCAUCGAUCCGUGCAAUGCUGAUCCAGAAUAUGCGGAUCUCGAAAGAAAACUUUACCGUGGUGGGAUCCCUUCGGCUUCCAAGUUGAAGAGAUACGCUAUUGAGAGCUCGUUCAAACGAACCAAUGUUCACCCACCUCCUGGCCUGCCGAACCUCAAUGCAAUCUAUAACAUGGCCCGGGGGAGAGUGUAUUAG